AACCCGGCCCUCGCCCUGCGCCUCGCCGUCGAGUCGGGCGGCUGCCAUGGCUACCAGUACAAGAUGCAGGUCACGGCCGACCGCGACCAGGACGACUACCUGUUCCGCGCGCGCGACGCCGACGUCGGCGAUGGCGAGGCGCUCCUCGUUGUCGACGCCGCGAGCCUGCCCCUCGUCAACGGCGCCACGGUCGACUACGCCACCGAGCUCAUCGGGAGCGCGUUCAAGAUCAAGGACAACCCGCAGAGCAAGGACGCCGGGUGCGGGUGCGGCGUCAGUGCGUCGCCGGUU